CUCUCCUGUUUAUCACUGGCCUCUCGCUCUUUAUACUCCAACAAUUUGCUUUCAAAAUAUUGUUUCUUCACAGAUUUUUAUAUCUUUCCUUGUUUUUUUUUUUAAAUCCCCACUUUUGAAAAUUUUGUUCUGGAGAUGAAGCCAGUAGGUCGAUUUCCGAUGCAAUAUACAGAGCAAAAAACUGUAACUAGCAAACUGGUCAAGCCAUCGAACAGGUUGUUUCCGAUGGAAUUCAAAGCUAAAGCCCCUAAAAUUGUAAGGAUCUGUGUCACCGAUUGGGAUGCCACGGAUUCUUCCGGCGACGAAUGUGAACGGGCGAGGCCACGUAAGGUGAAAAGGCAUACAAACGAAAUCAGGAUCCAGAAUUGUUCCGCUGUCAAUUCCUCCAAGGCAGCAAACAAGCAAAACAGGCAAAUAUUUAAUAAGAUCAAUCAGGUAAAUAUGAGAACAAAGAAGCAACAACAGGGUUUAUCAAACGGCAUCAAGUAUCGUGGAGUUCGACAAAGGCCGUGGGGGAGAUGGGCUGCCGAGAUCAGAGAUCCUACGAGUCGAACCAGGGUCUGGCUCGGUACCUAUGACACUGCUGAGGAAGCUGCUUUGGAGUAUGAUCUAGCCGCGAUUCGAAUCAAAGGUCCUGAUGCUCUCACAAACUUCGCGAAACCUCCGGUGAGACCUUCUACACCGGAGGUUGGUUUCGAAAUGAUUUCCGGGUAUGAGUCGGCUCAAGACUCCCAGUCCCGCAGUUCACCUACAUCAGUUCUCAGAUUCCAGUCUAACGAAGAAGCUGAACUCCAAACGGACUCCAAAGAUGACUCUUCGGAGCGCAUCGACAGUCAGUGGAAACCCCUCGAUGAACUCCAAAUAGAACACGAUAACUUAUCAGAUGAGUAUUUAUUAGUAGAUCCGGGUGUUUUAUGUGAUCACUUCAAUGCUGAUAAUCUCGAACCUGUGUUGUUUGAUGAAAUGAGGUUACCAGAAGAUCGUUUGGAACUUGAUUACGUUGAUAUUUCUGUAAAAUUAGAUGUCGAUUUCGGGUCUUGUACGUGGGACGUCGAUAAUUACUAUUAAAAUCAGCGUAAUUCUGCCUGGAUAC